UUCUGGGAGGAAGUGGCUUUUGUGGAUAGUUUUGAAAGAGAGGAACAGUAAACCAGGCUCCUCCGGAAGGCUUCUCCCAGAAGCCCCAUUUAUGGAGAGCACCCAGAUUUCAUCUCUCUUUCUUUGCCUGGUGAUGAGAUACUCAAAGAAAGGAAGCUUAAAUGACCUAAUUGCGGCACACAGAGACCUAAAGAAGAAAAUGGACCUUAUGAUAAUGGAAAAAUUCCUGGGCCAGGUAUUGGAUGCUGUGGAGUACCUGCAUCGGAUGAAUGUGAUUCACAGGAACAUCAAACCGUCCAACAUCAUAUUGAUAGACGAAAGCUACUGCAUGCUGGAAGACUUGAGUGUGGAAACUCUGAUGCUUGAUGAGGCCAAGUGGAAGAUCCGAGCCCUAGAAGACCCAAACCACAAGUCCUGGAUGGCUCCUGAAGCUCUUGAGUUCGUAUUCAGUCCUAAAUCUGACAUCUGGUCUCUUGGCUGUAUUAUCCUGGACAUGGCCUGUUGUUCUUAUACAAAUAGAGCUGAUGCCUUGGCUCUGCGUGAGACAAUUCGACAGCAUCCUAAAAAGCUGCUCAAAGCACUGGAGAAAAUCCGGAAGCAUGAAAUAGCCAAAGCUAAUGGCAUUAUUGAUGUUUUGACAGCAAUGCUUCGUAUUAAUCCUGAAGACAGAAUACCAGCAAAGGAUCUGAUACAUUUGCCCUUCAUGAGAGACUGUUUGUUGGCUUCUGGCGUACCUCUGUCUAUAAGAAAGCACCCACUGCCUACAUCUAUCACUGAAACCCUGUUGCAAGGAGGACUCCCAAGUGUAUUAGAGGUCAUGAAUUGCUUCUUGGACAGACCUGAGGUGCAGAUCAAGGCGUUAGAAAAACUUUUGGUGUUAGUUGAUGAGGAUGAAGAUCUGCCAUGGAUUUUGGAUAUGGUGGAACCGGUAACAAACAUCAUUCUGAACCACCAAAAUAUUCCCCAAAUCCAGAUGUGUGCCUGCAAGUUGCUGUUCAAAAUUCUGAGCAAAGCCCUUACAUACCACCCAGAUAAUGUGCCAGCUGAAAAAUAUGUCGCCGAUGCCCUGCUAUCCACCUUGCGAAAUUAUUCCACAGAUGAAGAGUUGCUGUCUAUAGUCUGCCAAAUGCUGAUGAUUAUUUCAUCCAAUGAAGCUUCGAUGGAGCACCUCCAGAAUCUCUGUACAUUUACUGACAUCAAUGAGUGCCUGAAUAAUUUCCCGCAUAAUAAGGAUAUCUGCUUAUCUUGUUUGGGCCUCCUGUGGAGCCUCACAGUGAAUGCUGUCCUGGCAGACAAGACACCCCUAAAGGAGGCUGUGCAGCUCAUCUUGAAGAUCUUGGACAUCUACUUCAGUGAUGGAGACAGAGCAGAAUCUGCCUGCUCUGCCCUCUGGGUACUGUCCUUGCAAGGCUGCAUAGAGGGUGCUGAAUUUGAGCAUGUGACGUUUCUGUUGCUGAAAUGUAUCCAGCUGCAUAUGCAAAGACCUGUCUUGGUGAAUAAUGCCUACCUGGGGCUGACCAGCCUGGCAAGGAUGUCAGAGCUGGCAGCCUUUCGGAUGGUGGUGAUUGAUGAGGAAAGUCCUGGUAUAUCCUUGAUCAAGGAAACUUACCAGGCACACAGGGAUGACCCAGAGGUGGUGGAGAACAUGUGCAUGCUGCUGUCAGAGCUUGUUUUAUACGAUGAGAUUAUGCCAGAGUUGUUCUCUAAUAAUAUACAUGAAAUGCUGCUGGAAAUUGAAGCAAGGUUUACAUCAAGUGAGGAGCUCCUAAAGCUUGCGACCAAGACAAUUAAGAAAAUGGACAAGUCACUUCCUAAAGCAAGGUCAGAAAAGACUCAGAAAUGAAGAAAUACAAAAGGCCAUCAAGGAAAACUUCUGUCCUAUCAUGAGACAUUGUACUUGUGCCAUCUUGUGUUUAACUGGGAAGAAAUAAGACCCUGCUCUUUUAUCACCACAUAUUCAGCCAGCGAAAGGGCUGCUUUUCCUUAGUUGUAUAGAUUUUUGGAAGAACUCUUAGCCCUAAAAGCAAUCUAUGUCUCUGACAAGAGUUCACAGAUACAUAAUAAAGAGGAAUACUGAAUUUCA